AUGAAAAACGCGUCGUUGUUUCUUUGUCGAUGCCAAGCAUUGCAUCUCAUUUUGGUUAGCGGUAUCACGUGCCUGCGCGAAGCGGCCGUGUGUUCCCAGCCUCCUUACUUGAGCCUCGACAACAUCAUCAGCGACAUUUGCCUCUCAUCGCCGACUGCAGAACGCCACGACCUCCAACGAUCUUUGUCGUCUAUACCACAACUCCCAGACGCUGUGUUUUUUGUCGACUGUUUUACUGUUGUCGCUGCCCGUCGCCAGACUCAGUCCACCAUCCUUGCGAACUUCACAAGGCCUCUUCGCGCGGCCGCUCAGAGACUCUGCCCAGCACAGGCUCUGGCCACCCGCGCGGACGAGGGGUGA